AUGAAUUUCUUUCCUCAGGCAUCCAGGUCGACUUUCUACUUCACGAACUCGCCUUUGACGGCAGUCGGAGGAAAUGUAAUUAAUAACUAUUACCCAACACCGAAUGAUUUAGGUGUUCAAGAACCGGAGGACGACUUCACAACUGUUCGUGGAGGAGAUAUCAACCUCCUCCAACUCGUCUGGUCCGGUCGGGUCGAAAUCACACCACCAGGAUUCGACACUUCAAAAUUGAAACCAAGUAACCCAUUCCGAGUACGCUUAGAGCAAAAGAAACAAGCUAGAGUGAAGAUCAUGAAAAGGGUCUACAACGCGGAGAUAACUGGGUACGGCGAACGACGGUUUACCGUUGCCAUGUUCCACCCAGAUUCGGGUCAGUCGGGUAAUUCGGAGGCCCAGGAUGCAAAAUGGAUGGCAUGGCAGAGGGAAUUUGAUUACUGGGCUUCAAGAAGGGAUGCGUACGUUCUACAGCUUUUUGGAUCCUGUCGAUCAAACUUCCCAGCAUUGAUAUAUCACAAUGGGCUCGUCAGGGGAAGCGAUGUGUUCGGGCGAUAUGAAAACAAACCCAUCAUCUUCUGUUAUCUUCAGUACCAAUGGGCUCUUUCAUUCAACAACGUAUACACUUUCUCUCGUGAGAUGUGCCGGGUCUCACGAGACACAAAGUUAUGGUGGUUCAACCCCAAAACCGAUACUUUCCAAUGCGAUCCCACCAUAAUUAUCUACUCCGAAUCUUCCCAGCCCACUGCCAAACAGAAGGGCAUCUCCAACGACGUUUACGCACUCAAGGUCGACUCUGCAUCAGAAACAACAGUUUCCUUCGACAACCGCCCUAUCCUUCUCGACAGUACGGGGGGUGACAGAUUUAUUGCUACAUUAAAGAUCAUCAGUUACCUCCAAGAUGUCUUACCAAACUACUUAUGGUCGAUCUCGGAUAUGUGUUGGGCAAGAGGCACUGGAGCCUCUGGUCUAAAAAGCUACGCCCCACGCGGGCUUCUCACAUUCGGUUCGGUGGUCGUGAAAGAUGAGGACAAGGUUCAUGCAUUUUUCCCUUUCGUACCAACGCCAAGUUGGAUAUUUCAUGACAAGUCUUCGAUCUGGCCGGAUAGUGUGGAAGUAGAAAGAGGAAACUCGGGCGUUACAUUUACAUUCCAAUUGGAUACAAAAGGCGAACUGGACCUUAGGUUCAGCUUUGAGCUCCCUCCGGAACAUCGGGAUGGAUUACGAACAGCAUUUCUCCGUCAAUCGUCCCGUUUUCGAAAUGCAAACGAUGGUCUCGCUAGAGAUCCUUCUGAGUUCGUCCUCGUAGACUACAUCCGACUCCGACUGCAAACCACCCUCAGCUCCGAGGGCAAGUUUCAAUCCCAACCGACAGGGCGUUUACAGCUAUUCAUACCCGCAUGGAAAAUCGAAACGGUGAACGGUCUUCCAUGUGUCAAGUGGCCUCCUUCCGAAUCGAUUUUCGCUUGGUCCUUCACCUCUGAUGAUCACCAAGAUCAUGUGCUUGUACCAUCCCCGGAAAUGAAAAUACGAACAUACAUCGGGACGUUCUGGUUCAGACAUCAUUAUGCUGCGGUCGAGGAAUAUCUGGAGCUACAGAAGCGUGGUUUGGAAGGGACGAGAUGUGAGGAGGAGCGGGGGUACGAAGUUUUGACGCACGGAGAUCCACAUACUGCAGAUGGUUGA